AUGGAGUGCUUUUGGAUUGAGUGUUUUAAACCCAAAACUAAAGUUAUCACAGAGGGCCAAUCGGAAGAAAGGAGAAAUACCUUUCAGAGCACGUCUAAAGAUGGGACUUCUACCACAGGAACUCCAAUGACGGCGACAAAAAAAGCGUCCGCUACAGCCCCAGUACAACCAACCUCAACAACCCACGAUACAACCAAGUCAUCAAGUGCUGAUGUGAAGACUACAAGUCCCUCUGCCACAACAUCAUCUUCCAUGUCCACCAUUCGUAAUGCGUCUUUCAGCAUAGGUACCGAGUACUCGUCACCAGAUUGCACAUCUUGCAGCAAUGGAGGAGCCAUCACAGUGACCAUGUCAUGUAGCAUCAAGAUGCCAUCUAACAACGAUAAGAAAUGUGACAAGGACGAGUUCAGUACAACCAGCUGUAGUUACGUUACUUUGGCCGAUAAAGUGUGUCGCUGUGCUGAGGUGGAAAAGAAUUUCACGUACUAUGAGAAAGAACACUUGAAACCUGUAAAACAAUGUGAUGACGUUUGCCCAGCUUCCGGCUCAGUGUUGUCCGCUCACCUCGUGUUCAUUUUCUCAUCUGGUCUCGCAGUCGGCCUGUAAGUACUUAUCAUUUAUGUAAGCUUUUAUUAAAGUCAGCUUAUAUUCUUCAAUCAACG